GGGGGGGGGGAUACACAUUUUACCACUUUGGAAGUGUCGCGCAACCUAUUCAUUCAGGAAAACGAUUGUCUUAUUAUUGAUUUAAAUGUCUUAGAUAGAAAUAUUUUAAAGUACUUACUUAUGAUAAUUAUUGUAACUACUGAGCUCAGUGAUUGCGGGGUCACGGUCGAGUUAUAGACUUAUAGAUAAAGCGCAAUUCCCCGCAAAAAAUAUAUACACACCUAUUUGGGAUUCACCACACAGUGCUAAAAUUGUUCCAGAAAUCAUUAUAAAUUUUAAUUUUUAAAUAUUUUGACACCUUUAAUUAUAACCAAGUUAUGGAAAGCACUCAUUUUAGUCGUGGUUGUUUCCCCCAAAAGUCAAAAAUAAAAAUGUAUUCUACAAGCAGGCCUCAAGGACUCUUUUACGAGUCAAUACAACAUUGAUUAUAGUAACAUCAUAUAGUGACAUGAAAAAUACAUAACAACAUUUAUAAAUACAACAGCUAAUACCUGGGUAAACAUUACAUUAUAAUAAUCUUAAAAUAAAUAAUUACUACAAUACAAUGGAGAUGUAUAGUCUCUAUGAUUAAAAUACAUUAAAUCUGGAGAUGUAAAAGGUCCCCAAUGUCAGAGUACUAAUACUAAUAAGAUUUGGAGGUGUAAAAUCUCUCCAAGUGUCAAAAUAAAAUUAAUACUAAAUAAAUAAAUCGCGUCUGGACUGUUAAGCUAGCAGUCUCAUAAACUAAUGCUACAGAAUACAUAACUAGUACCAAGUCAAGUAUAUUAUACAAUAUUACAGAAACGUAUAGUCUCCAUGGUUAAUACAUUAAGUUUGGAGAUGUAUAAGGUCCCCACGGUCUGAGAAAGAUAAUACACAAUAAUAAUGACAUUAAUAGGAUUUGGCCUUGGCCCAUGCCUUUCACCCGAGUUUAACACUUUUAUUUUCGAAUACGAGGAAUGUAAAAUACGUGUGUAUUUAAAAACAUGACUAUGUAUAAAUUUAUAUAAUAUUUGUUGAGGGUACUUUCAAAUAAUAAUUUAUGUAAAAGUAUCGUUAUUUAUGGAAUGGGGAGUUAAAUGGACUAUUUUUAGGGUUCCGUACCGAGUCAACUGGGAACCCUUCGGUCAUUUUCUAUAUUUGUGCCUGCGUCUAAACUCCGUCAAACCAUACUAAAUACAUGUAUGAAAAGUUUGAAGGAGUUGAGUCUGACCGCAGUCAUAUAAUUUGAGAAUUAUAGUUUUGCCGUGUCCGUCUAUCUGUCUGUCUCUCCGUCCACGGCUUUGCUCAGUGGUCGUUAGGGCUAGAAAGCUGCAAUUUGGUAUGAAUAUUUAAAACAAUUAUGCCGACAAAAUGGUAAAAUAAAAUAAAGAAUUUUGUUAGGGUACCUCUCCUACACGUAAAGUGGAGGUGAAUUUUUUUGUCGCUUCAACCCUAUGAUGGGGUGUCGUUGGAUAGGUCUUUCAAAACCAACACGGGUCUUCAAGAACCAGUUUUUGAUAAACAUCAGAUUUUCAGAAAUAAUCGCUCUAAAAAAAAAAAGUGUCCCCCCUCUAAGUUUUGCACCAUGGGUCCAAAAAAUCCUUAAAGGAAAACUAUAGCGAACAUGAUCGCUUAAGCCGAUUUUGAGUUUUUGGAAUAAAAUCUUCCCUUCUUAGUAAAAGUGCUACAAAGGUACUCCCUUUUACUUUUUAUGUAGGUCCAUAAUGAACAUACAUUUAGGUACAUAAUUGGCUAAAAGGCUGGUUAUGUAGGUUGUACAUUAUAGGCUGCCUUGAACGGGGACUAUUAGUGGGUAUUGUGUAGAUACAGAUUUGAGCCCAUUUGACGGACGGGUAACUACGGAACCCUACACUGAACAUAGUCCGACAUGCUCUUGGCUGGUUUAUUCAUUUGUUCCUUACCCAAAGGGCCAAACGGGACCCUAUUACUGAGACUCCGCUGUCCGUCCGUCCGUCCGUCUAUCACCAGACUGUAUCUCAUGAACCUUGAUAGUAAGCCUGUUGACAUUUCUACAGAUUAUGUAUUUCUCUUGCUGCUAUAACAACAAAUACUAAAAAGAGAUUAAAAUAAAUAUUUAAGAGGGCUCCUAUACAAAAAAAGUGAUUUUUAGAUAAUGGUACGGAACCUUUCGUGCGCGAGUCCGACUCGCACUUGGCCGAUUUUUUCUCAGAUUUGGAUAAAAUUUAUAAAUUUAUUUAAAUUUAUAGUUCCUUCUGUGCAACAUAAGCGAAAUUUCACCGUAAGUCCUACAAAAUAAUCCACUGGGUUACAAAAAACGUAUGGAAUUUCCCAUAGUAAAAUGCUCUAGAGCAGCAACGUGUCACUUUCUGCACACUUCAUAUAAAAACAAUGACCCCGUUUCAGAGCAUGACAAAGGAAAACUUAAAGUAAGCUUAGAGUACUCGCUUCAUACAUUCGUUUAUUUAUACAUAUAAUAAUAAUGGGAGGUAUGGUAAAACGUAUUACCAUUCAGUUUAAAACUAGCUUAAAUGAUAAUACUUAAUAGGCUUAAACUUAAAACUUAUUAUAUGAGUAAAUGAGUUUUUAUCUAUGUAUAGAGUGAGCACACUAAGAUGUACAUGCUAUUUCAAAAAAAGUUAAAGUUAUAUUAAUUGUUACAAUGGGCCGUGCUCUGAAGAAUUGUUUAACAUGGUGCCAACGGCUGCUUUCUAUCACCUCACACCCUAUAGGACCUAAAUUGCCGCGUACUGUACGGUUUAACAGGAAUCCCUUCCGCGGACGCUCCGUCUGUGGAAUGAGCUCCCUGCCGAGGUUUUCUUUUUUCGAGGUUUUACAGUAUGGGGUUCUUCAAAAAAGGAGUGUACAGGUUUUUAAUCGGUAAGGCGGUAAGGCGCAUGUAACGUUUCUGGAGUUGCAGACGUCCAUAGAGCCAUGGGUCAUCUGGAGAUUUUAACAAAAUACCGACUUCACAAAACAGAUUCAAAAAGCUACCAUUUUAUGGUCUUCGUCUCGUCAUUAGCGCAUGAUGCUUUCCGUGAGAAAAUGCAAGGGUUAUUUACCCAAUCAGUAGUGUUUUCCAAAUAUUUGAGGAGUUUGAUCCCAUAAUUAAAUUUUGCCCUGAUAGAUAAACUGAACCGCAUUAGGAAGUAUUAUUCAAAUAAAAAUAAGUACUUUCCAAAAUCGGUCCAGCUAACUGUCACAAAAAGUGAGAUUGGUGAACAUAAGUGUCAUAAGUACCUUACCUAUAUUAAAAUAAACCGGACAAGAGCAUGUCGGGCCAUGCUCAGAAUAGGGUUCCGCAGUUAUUCUUCCGUCAGAAUAAGUUAAACUGGAGCUUAAAGUAUUGUAGAUUGUUAACCAAGGGAUGAACUGUGGAUAUACAUCUUUUUACUAUGAAGGGGAAACUUUUUGUGAUAACUCAAAAACAGCUACACUGAUCAUGUCCGCUAUAGUUUUCAUUUAAUGACUUUCUUAAGCUCUACUACCACGAUUUUUUUUCAUAUUUUUUUGACCUAUGGUUCAAAAUUUUGAGGGGGGGGGGGCGAUUAUCUCCGAAUAUAUCCAACAUUCCAACGAUAUCCCACACUGUAGGGUUAAAGUAAAAAAAAAUGUCACCCCCCACUUUACGUGUAGGGGAAGUACCCUAAAAUUUAGAUUUUAUUGUACGACUUUGUCGGCCUUAUUGGUUUAUAUAUCCAUGCCAAAUUUCACCUUUCUAGCACUAACGACCACGGAGCAAAGCCUCGGACAGACAGACAGACGGACAUGGCGAAACUAUAAGGGUUCCUAGUUGACUAAUUCGAAAUGUAACCCUAAAAAGAUCGAAUAAUUCGAAAUUAUGAAGUCAAAAACAAGUUGUUUUGACAAAUAGGGGUUUUCCAGUUUUUUUCUUAGCUAAUCAUCUCAGUUGAUAAAGAUAGGCAAUAUAAUGGGUUCUCGCACGUCAACAAGCGACAGUUACGAAGAUUACACCACAAGUGGCACAUGUAAACAAAAUUGUGAUAAAAUUUGUGUAAAUCAAAAUCGAAUGUUUAUAGUCAAAAUGAUUAAGUUAGGCAAACUAUUGUGUGCCAUUUUAUUUGUGGGAACGCACUACGCUGCUGGCGCUCCCAAUUCUGGCUACCAGUACAGCCGAGAAGUGAACGCGUGGCUGCGCCUGCACAUGGUGCCCGCCACCUGGGCGGAGGCGGGCAUGCGCUGCCUCCUCGAAGGUGCCGUUCUAGCAUCUCCUACGACCAAUGCCAUGGCCCAGGUGAUGGUGGCCAUGAUGGAUGACCACAAGCUGACUUACAGCGUGUUCACCGGGAUCAACUCCAUUCUAGUCAGGGAAAACUUCACGUCUCUUGAAGGACUACCGGUCUCAUCUAUCCCGGUGAGCUGGGCUGACGGUCAGCCAGACAACGACAACACGGACGAGGACUGCUUGGUGCUGACGAGCGAGGGCAAACUGGCUGACAUGAGCUGCGAGAGCAUGCUGCCGUACUUCUGCCGCAAGGAGGACAAGUGCGGCGCCACUAAGGCAAAAGGGUAUAAGUGGGAGCCCCGCACUGGCAGCUGUUACAAGUACCACGAGGAAUUCCGGAUGUGGCGUGAUGCCCUGGCGACGUGCCACGCCGAGGGCGGACAUCUGACCACCAUCAACCAUAAUAUUGAGUCUACAGUGCUCAAGGAAAUAUUUUCUGGGAAAAUAGGAAAUUAUGCCUUUGUUGGUAUUUUGCAUUAUAAUGAUGACGUGUGGGCGACAAUUAAUGGUGAGAUGCUCUCCGACUUCGGUUUUCUAGGGUGGGCUAAAGGUGAGCCCAACAACGUCAAUGAAAAUGAGUUCUGCGGCUCCAUCUAUCACGACGGACUUCUGAACGACGUCCAGUGCCACCAAUCCGCUCCAUUUAUUUGCGAGUUUACCCCUAAAAAUUAGUCGGCGGCUGUUUGUUCAAACGGCGCGAUUCGAAGAAUGAGUAACGAUAACGAUAAGUUAUGGUUUAGAUAAGUUCUCAUUUAGAUAUCGUUUGUAUGUCGUAUAAUUGACAGAAGCAGCUCGAUUCGGGCAACCAGAGUCACUUUGACGUUAGAAAUAUCGUAGGUAGCUGUGAUCCCACACAGCGGAAUCGAAAUAAACGUCAAUUUUGACAUGUCGUUUAGUUAUCGAUCUUUUAAAGAUCAUUCCAAGAUCUUAAACGUGUCUUAAUCAUUCUUAGAAUCGGGCUGAAAGUUAGGUACCUAGUAGAUUUGCUACAGGGACAAAUACAUUAUAAGAAAUACUACGACUCAGUAUCAUAGCGGAUGAAACAACGUGCCAAAAUUAUCUGCUACCCUGAAAUUAUUUUCCAAUUUUUUUUGAAGUGAAAACUUCUUUCUAUAAAUUGUUAUUGGCAUGAAUAUUUAAUAUUUAAAUUUAAUCUUCAUUAACUAUUCAUUUACUAUAUUACUAGUAUUUUUGAAUACCUAUUUGUAUUACUAAGCGGUGGUGGCCGAGUGGAUAUGACGUCCGACUUUCAAUCCGGAGGUCGCGGGUUCAAAUCCUGGCUCGUACCAAUGAGUUUUUCGGAACUUAUGUACGAAAUAUCAUUUGAUAUUUACCACUAGCUUUUCGGUGAAGGAAAACAUCGUGAGGAAACCUGCAUGCAUCUGCGAAGAAAUUCAAAGGUGUAUGUGAAGUCCCCAAUCCGCAUUGGGCUAGCGUGGGGACUAUAGCCCGAGCCCUCUCGCGCAUGAGAGGAGGCCUGUGCCCAGCAGUGGGACGUAUAUAGGCUGAAUUAUUAUAAUUAUUAUUAUUAUUUGUAUUACUAUAUAAACCUAUUUACUAAUAUUUAUAUAUGGUUUGACGACCAGUUUGGCCUAGUGGGUAGUGACCCUGCCUACGAAGCCGAUGGUCCCGGGUUCAAAUCCUGGUAAGGGCAUUUAUUCGUGUGAUGAGCAUGGAUAUUUGUUCCUGAGUCAUGGGUUUUUUCUAUGUAUUUAAGUAUUUAUAAAUAUUUAUAUAUUAUAUAUAUCGUUGUCUAAGUACCCUCAACACAAGCCUUAUUGAGCUUACUGUGGGACUUAGUCAAUUUGUGUAAUAAUGUCCUAUAAUAUUUAUUUAUUUUAUUUAUUAUAUGUCACUCGUCAAGGCCUUGGCAGAAUAACAGCACGUUAGAAUAUGCUGAGACAGGGUCUUUUCCCUAAGGCACACAUUGCUGGACCCAAGUGUGUAAAUUUCGGUUUUUAAUGUGUACAUAAUUUUAUCUGUUGUUUUUUUUUGUUUUGUUGUUCUCUGAAUAAUCUUUUUAUCUUAUUUCUUUCAUCUUCUUGUCCUGUGUAUGUGUGCUUUAUGGAAUAAAUGUCUUUUUUUUAUUUCCUUCUACUAUUAGACAAUUGUUCUACAUAUUAGAGGGACUUAUAUAUAUAUAGUAAUAAUUAUAAUUAUGAGAAUAAAAUCAUAAAAUAAUCAUAAUCAUUAAUGAUAAUUCAUUUAAAUAAAAUGAAUUAUCAUUAAUUAAAAAAAAUUACAAAGUUUUACAAAUAAUUACUUACAUUAAGUCAUAUCUGUUCCCUAUUGCUUCCGGUGCAAAAUAAAAUAUAUAUGUAUAACGGAACGGUAGACACUUUUGACGCGCUGUAUGAUCGGUUACUAUUGAUUCUGACUCUAGAGCCGCCAUCAAUUAUAUCGAGGCGGCAAAGCUGCUCAAAAAUACCUGAACACGCCUCUAUUGUCACUCUCAGACUGUUUCUACACCACAAUGCGGAAGCGGUGCACAUCCCUGUCGCGUAGGGUGCGGGACAGCUCUAACAUCAUCCUGAGGGCAUUUGCGUCAAGGUUUGACUGUCAGUACAUAAACCAUUGCCAUAUGAUACAUGUACUGACAGGCAAGCCAAUAUACUGUAUGUAGAAAUAGUUAAUAUUGUAGGAAGACUAAUUAAUGUAAAUGUGUAAUUUAAUAUAGUAUAAUGUAAUUACUAACAAACUAUAUGGGCCUAUUUGACCUGAAAUAAAUGUAUUGAAUUGAAUUGAAUUGUCAAGGCUCUAGAGUGCGUGUUCAGAUAUUUUUGACCACGUCGGCCGCUUCGAUAUAUCUGAUGGCGACUGUACCUAGCAGUUUUACUACAGGUACUUACAUAGCAAAUACGUGUACGCUAUAAAUAUUUUUCUUGUGAAAUUAUUGAUGUGAAUAAAAAAUAAGUGUGAAUUAUUUUACUGUGCCCUGUAAUAAAAUACAUGUUUUAUUAAACGUUUGUUUCAUUCGUGUCAUCCCACUCAUUGUGUCAUUUGAUAUUUUACCAGUCGCUUUUCGGUGAAGGAAAACAUCGUGAGGAAACCGAACUAAUCCCAACAAGGCUUAGUUUUACCCUCUGGGUUGGAAGGCCAGAUGGCAGUCGCUUUCGUAAAAAUUAGUGCCUACGCCAAAUCUUGGGAUUAGUUGUCAAGCGGACCCCAGGCUAUACAGGCUAUGCAGACAUUGCUACGGCUCAUGGGAGCCGUAGCAAUGUGCCGGGACAACGCUAGGAAGAAGAGGAGAUCCCACGCAUCGCAAAAUAUUCUUAUCUACAUGAAUACAACUUAUUCACACAGUGCCCAUCGCCGAGUACGACUACAAUAGUUAUUUGUUUUACAAGGGGGCAAAGUUGUUGUUUAACCGCUCGUGAGUAAACUAACACGCAGAAAUUCUUAUAAAAACGUAAAACCCUACGACAAAAAAAAUACAACUGUGUAUUAUAUUAUAAUUGUAAUUUAGUAUCUUGCCUAUUAAUUGUAAUUAACGCUGUAGACAUCUAAAUCCAUGACAUCCAGAAAAAAAAUCUUUUCUGUAAGACGAAUAAGACGAUCUUCGUCUCAAAAUGUACUAAAGUAGUCCAUUAUUCGGACUUUGUUGUUGAUUUGCCUCACACUUUGCAACGAAGAUCUUCUUAUAGAAAAAAAAAAAUUUGCCGCCCACAAUCUCUCUGCUUCGCUUUAAGGUUGACUUCUGGUAGAGAAUGCCUUAUGGUAUUAAGUUCACCUUUAUUACUGUAAGGUUUUCUUUUGUGCAAUAAAGGUUAAAUCAAUACUUUAUGAUAUAUUUUCUGUAGUAUUCUGUUACCAUGCAAAAUCCGUAGGUGUUUUUUUGUUUUUUUUUAGAUACUACGUCGGUGGCAAACAAGCAUACGGCCUGCCUGAUGGUAAGCAGUAUCCGUAAUCCCUAACCCCCUCCCACCCUCGUUGAGCUCUGGCAACGUUACUCACCGGCAGGAGCACAACACUAUGAGUAGGGUCUAGUGUUAUUUGGCUGCGAUUUUCUGUAAGGUCGAGGUACUUCCCCAGUUGGGCUCUGCUCUAGAUCUGGAAUGACAUCCGCUGUGCUGUGCCCUACCACACAGAGCGAGAUGACAUUCACAAUGCCCAUACCUCUCUUGUGGACGUAGUUGUAGGCCGCCUUUACACCUGUAAGUUUUACUUACGUAAGUAAGGACAAAGCUAUUUGUUAGAAUGAGAUAAUGAUAUUCAUCUCUCACUCUAUAGUAUAGCUGUGUCCCUACUUACGUAAGUAAAACUUACAGGUGUAAAGGCGGCCUAAGGACAUACCCGGGUCCAAAGGUACCGUUAACAUAGACAUACUCGUAGUAAUAGAACUAGAGAGCGCACUCGCCUCCAAAGAACGUGACGAGCGAGAUAUCUCGAGAGAGAUCUCUGUCCCCUUCUUUCAUUAGGAAUACUAAUCAUUAUUGUCAUGUGAUAAUAAAAUUGAAUGAUUGUUGCCACAGCUAAACAAAACAUACUACGAUUUUUAUUCAUGUAAUUAUUAUAUAUUUUAAGUAGCAAUAGUUUAUUUUAUUGAAGAGAAGCCUUACCCGGUGACGCUAAUCAAUACAAGACCAGCUCUGAGCAAAGUUGUUUCGCGCUGAACCAAUAGAUGGCGCUCUACUACCUACCGAUUUGCUGCAACUUCAACCGGCAUCAACUUCACGCAAAUAAAUGGUGCCAUAUUGCGUCCUUCUGGCUGGAGUGUGGAGACACUUUUAGCUCGACACUGGUGCGGUGCGGUUGUCCCGAAAUUCGCGAUUACUUUUGUUCACGCUUUAUUUAGGUCGAGUUUAAUUUUAAAAUUGAUUUGUGCGUUUUCAUCAAUAAAUUGGAAUUACUUUUGUAGCCUACGUGUUUUUCCUUAUAAAUUCUUAUCUCCUUUCUAAAAAUAUAAUGUCCUCUUUUAUUUCUUUUCUGAGUUUUGAAUCAAAUGUUGGUAACAAUAUAUUUCCCAUAAAGGUCAUUAUUGUAUAUAUAAACAAACU